CGUUGCCAGGGUCCGCCACUUAACUGGCCCGAAGCUUUGAUUCUCAGUUUGAGGAAUAGUUGUGCAAGUGUUAAAUAUCGAUACCUCGAUCUAGAAUCUCAGGUAUGGCUAACCAGAUUCAGUUUUGCAGGACUGAUAAUCACCGGAACUUUCGAAAAAUUGGCAUCAGGAAACAGAUAUGUGACUAGAUAAUUUGUUUAAGUAAAUCGCAGCCAGAGGGUGAAUUAGCUGUAUAUAAUAUAGUUGUUAAAACUAUGCUUUAUCACAAGACUUAAAUAUUUCUUAAAAGGUCAUAAUGUUUUCGAUUCAAGGAAAAAUCACGACUAUAAAAAUAGGAAAUAAAAUUGAAAAAUAAUAAUAAUGAAAAAGAAGGAACAGAUGGUUGGCAACCGCAAGACUUGAUAACACCCACCAUAAAUAAUUUUACUCGCCACAAUUCCCGAAAAUAAGUCUUCCCUCUUAAUUGCAAAAAUAAAUUUUGAAUUUUUAUUAAAAAUUUAAGUGAACACAUUGGUUUUUGCCGCUCAAACAACGACUUGAAAGCAUCUUUUGAAUGGAUUCUUAGCACUACACUUUGAUUCAGCCGCUGGAUUUGUUGCACGCAUAUUGUUUUUCUUUUCUUUUAAUAUUCAAUUGCCUUUUAAAAGGAGAGAUUGUUACAAAGUGUUGCACCUGUUUUUUUUUUACUUACUGUUGAACUCACCAAUGCGUGGGACUCAGCUCACACCUUUUCUAUAAUACGAGCGGCAGGUAGCAGGAUAUAAAACCACGCUCAACAUAAUUCCACACUAUUGUUUGAACUGACUUCAGUCGGCGGCCAGCGGGGACCAAACAACAAGUCAAGGAGCUCGUUGUCUGAUUUAAAAAACAAGGAGACCUUAAGAUACAGAGUAAUAGGUCUUCAGAGAGUCAGCCGGAUUACAAAGAUGUCAAAAAAUCGCAUCCUUCUCUGGACAGCCCCACGGUGCGUCUCAACAGCGUUUGAGAGAUCGAUCAUGAAUCUUAAGAACUCAAAAAUCUUUCACGAGCCGUAUUCACAAGCGUUCUACUUCGGUCCAGAAAAGCAAAGUGCCAGAUAUGCAGCUCAAGAAACAAAGCAACAAGCGACCUACCGUUUGAUCAGCAAAAUGCUCCAAAAGGAGUACGAUGGUAGAGAUUUCGUCUUCUCCAAGGAAAUGGCCUACUGCGUGGAAAAUAAAAUGCACAUUUUUGUUGAAGAAGGUUUCAAGAACUUUCAACAUUCAUUCCUCAUUCGUCAACCUCUUAAAGCUGUCUAUUCCUUAUACAGAGCCUCAACAAAUCCGAAACUCACGGGAUGGGAUUACUUUGAUCCUGCAGAGGCAGGGUUUCGUCAAAUGCUCGAGUUGUACGAAUUUGUCGACAGAAAUAUCCACAGCAAUCCCAUUGUCGUAGAUGCAGACGAUCUCUUGGAUUAUCCCAAUGGAAUUUUACAGAGUUAUUGUGAAGCAGUUGGUUUGGAGUAUGAAGAGACAAUGACAUCAUGGGAACCAGGUCCUGUGCCUGAAUGGGACGUUUGGGCAGGGUGGCACGAAGACGCUUUGAAAAGUACUGGGUUUAAACCAAGAGCCAAGAAGAACAGGCCUCACACAUCCGCUGCCUUUGAUUUGGAAGAGCUUCCUCCUCAGGUGGCUUCUGUUGUAGAAGAGUGUAUGCCGUAUUACGAAACACUGGCAGCUAAAAAGAUCUCACCAAAAAACACUGAACAAUACUAAUAAGAAGUCUGACUUACCUCACUCUAAAGAAUAUAUAGUAUGAUAUACAAUAUAUAAAUGUAGAAUAUGUAAUUUCACUUUUUAUAUAUUUUCUUCAGAUAAUUCUUUCACAGAAGGAAGGGAUUAGAGGGGGGGUCGCAAUUAAGUGAAGCAAGAUAUUUCUUCUUAAUGUCGAAGAAUUCCAUUAUGGAGAACUUCGAUCUGUCUCAUACAUUCUUGGUGACUUGCAUUUAUGAUCACAUCAGCGACAAUCUUACUCGAAAGUUUCACAAUGAACCUGCUUGCGAUGUUAAGCUAUCAUUGAUCGUUGCUGUUAAUGACCUUUGUUAGAUUGAAUUGUUGUAAAUAAAACCAUUUAAGUCACUGGAAAUAAAAAUACACAAAGAUACA